CCAGCAAGAUGGGUAAUCAUAGCGCUACUCCUCAAUUGACAUUAUCUCGGUCAUUCUCUGGCCUCCAAGUUCACGGACCAUUUUCAUCUCCCGAUCGCCUCUGAUAUCUUAAUCAAAAUUCAUCCAGCAGUCGACCGCGCCCACUAUGUUAAACGACCACUCCAAAGCCAGUAUCGCGCAGAUCAUCUUCUAUAUCCCUGCCAUCUUCUUAUCAGCAUACCACGCAUACUAUCGUCACAAGCGGCCGCGUAUGUCAUGGCUGAUUAUACUAUUCUUCUCGCUCAGUAAGUCGACAAACACCGUCGGAUUUCGAAGUAUGCUAGAAGCGAAUGAUGAUUCUGACAGAUCUGACAGUCAGAGUCGCCGCCGGCAUUCUGGUGAUUUUGUGUGAGCACAACCCUCGAACGGGCAUCAUGGUCGCCUCAAUCAUCCUGCUCAAUACGGGCGUGUUCCCCUUGAUUGCCGCGACCUUAGGAUUCAUCCGCAUAAUCCUAGCCCACGAGAAGGAGGUAGUCAACCCCCGGGUCAACCGCUGUUUGAUGGUCUCGCGCAUGCUGUUCUUCGUGGGGUUAGGGCUGCAAAUUGCCGGCGGAUGCCUCUCAGGGAGCGACAGUGCCAGCGACGUCGCGACGGGGGUGAAACUCGUCAAGGCCGGAUAUAGUAUUGUUGUGGUUUUUGCAGCGUGUCUCCUCCUCGUGCAGGCGUAUUUCUGGAUGCAUCUUCCUGACCUCUCGCACAUGAGCUCUACUGUGAGUUCCUGUCUUGGCGAGAAACGCCAGCUGCGUCCACCGGCUGAACUGACCGCUCAACCACAGAUUCUCAAAGCGAUGGCUCUGGCACUACCCUUCCUCAUCGUGCGCAUCACCUAUCUGUUUCUCUCGGUUUUCCAUGCGAGUGAUCUCCGAUGGAACGACCUCGCUGGUCCGAUCGCUCCGUUUGUUCUCAUGGGCCUCUUGAUGGAGUAUGCCGUGGUUUGGAUCUACCUUGGCACGGGAUUCAUGAUUCCCAGCUGGCGAGAAAUGAAGGGGGAUCGGGUCGUUUCCAUGACGAGAUAUCCUUUGGUGGAACAGGUCUGAGAGAUGAGAGCUGGCUUGGCGAGUGAGAAGCACGGUGAUGAUGAGGGCCCCGGCCUCCUGUGGCGUGGACCUGUGGCGUGAAUCAAGUGGCCCGCCUGCGCUCUGACCAUGUCAAAUGUUUUUAGACUGCUGAAAAC